CUCAAUGACGCCUCACACCUUCAUGUUGCUGCUUUAUGACUCUGAAAAGAAGUUGGAGCUCUUCGGUUCGUUCUCGUCAUGUUUGCCUCCAGGUUUCUCUGCAGGUUCGGUUUCUGCUGCUCUCCAACCAAAAGACUCCAAAUCUACACAUCCAGUCCAGCCUGGUCAGCCCGUGGUGCCUUCAGGUACAGCAGUCAGCCUCUGAACAAAGACGUGUCUGUUCGUUACAGCCUCGGCCGCCCGGUCCUCUCUCUGCGUCUCCCUGCCGGUCAGCAGUGUCGCUUCACCCUGACGCCCAUGCUGACCACAGUGGGAGACCUGCUGCGAGACAUCACCGCCAGAGACCCCGGCGUUCACAGCGCCACCCUGCUCAACGGAGAUGGACAGAGAAUCUCCUCGUGCACCUUCAUGGAAACGGUUUUAAAUAAAGAUUUCCAGCUCGUCAUCAACGACGUCACGUACAACGUGCGCUCACUUGGACAAGGGUCGUCUCAUGAACACGUGCUGGGUCCGGAUGACAUGAAGUACGUGGUUCACCUGCUUCACUCGGCUCUGACGCUUCCUCAGCAGCAGCACAUCCAACACUCGGAGCUGCUGAUGAGACGGGAGCAGCUCAGAGAGCAGCUGAGGCCGCUGGAGAAGGUGACUGCCCAGAUGGUGCAGGAGGCGGAGUAUAAGGCAUCCAUGCUGGGGUGGGUGGGGCUUGCCUACCUGUCUCUGCAGGGAGGAUUCCUGGGUUACCUCACCUGGUAUGUGUUUGCCUGGGACAUCAUGGAGCCAGUCACCUACUUCAUCUCUUACACCACCAGCAUGAUCUUCUUCGCCUACUACGUCCUCACCAAACAGGAUUUCAUCUGUCCAGAUGUCAGGAAUCGUCAGUUCCUUCACUUUUUCUACCAGAAAGCAUCUACACAGAAAUUCAACGUUCACAAAUACAACGAGCUCAAAGACGAACUGGCAAAGGUGGAGGAGGAUCUGCGGAGGCUGAGAGGAGCCAUUCAGCUGCAGCUGCCGCUGGAUCAAAGAACCACCUGAGAUCUUUCUUCAUUUUCUUUUUUUUUUCUGACAUUAAAUAUAAUUUUUGUACUCUUUUUUUUUGUCGUCAUUGUUUCUGAAAAAUGUUUGUUUCCAUGCUUCUGUCGCGGCUGUGGGACUUUAUUAAAAACUAAAAAUGACAAGUUGA